AUGUCGUCCAGCACUCACUCUCCGUGCGCCGCGUGCAAGUUUCUCCGCCGGAAAUGCACGCAGGAGUGCGUAUUUGCGCCUUACUUUCCGCCGGACCAGCCUCAGAAAUUUGCCAACGUCCACCGCGUAUACGGCGCGAGCAACGUUGCAAAGAUCCUCAACGAGCUCAACGCAGCCCACCGUGAAGACGCUGUGACGUCACUGGCCUAUGAGGCAGAGGCUCGCCUCCAGGAUCCGGUGUACGGCUGCGUGGGGCUCAUCUCCAUCCUCCAGAUUAGGCUCAAGCAGCUCCAGACGGAUCUGUACAAUGCCAAGAAGGAUCUGUCGACCUAUAUAGGCCCUCAGGCGCUGAUGAUUCCUGUGUUCCAUCCAUCGCAGCAGCAGGAGAUGAAUGGCGGUGGUGCAAUGUCUGUCCCAAUGUUGGGAGUCCCAACUGGCCCCCAGCAUGGCGGACCUGCUGCGAGACAGUUGGUGAUUAGGGAUCAGCAGCAGCAGCAGAUGUUCGAGGCUCAGCAGCAGGAGCUGAUGAGGUUCAAUGUGAAUGGUAUUGACAGUGGAAAUGGGUUUAAUCCGAUGGCUGGAGGAGGAGGCGGCGGCGGUGGAGGUAGUAAUGGUGUGGUUUCAGUCGGCUCGUUGGGUCUAGGAGGUUUUGAUAACAAUGCUUUCAAUAACCAGAUGCAAGCUGCGGCAGCUACACAUCAUCAUCAGCAUUCUCUUGACUAUCAGCUUCAGGCUCAACUAAUGCUGCAACCACAGCCGAAAUCGGAGGGUGAGGAGAGUUGA